UUUUCAGUUUCUUUAUCAGUUUUAAGUGAAACAGUGAAAAUCAUAAAAAGAAAUGAAUUCAGUUUUAACAAAAUGUUUGUGUGUUCUUACAUUAAUUGGAUUAGCAGCAGCUACAAGACCAAAAUUUGAUAUAACAAAAUUUAAUUCUACAACUUUCGUACAUAAACCGUACACAUGGGAUCCAGAUUUUUGUGACGAUUGGGUAGAUCAGGAUACAUUCGUAAAUCCAGAAAGAUGUGAAGGAUUCUUAAUGUGUUGGGGUGGUGAACUUAUUGAAUUGGAUUGUCCUCCUGGCAUGAUAUUUGAUUUCAUGGAUCUGGUAUGCGACACUCCUGAUCGAGCAGUUUGUUGGUUGGAUGCGGAAAAUAUGCCACCACCCGGAACUCCCGAUAAUGGUUGCCCUCCGCCGGGUAGUGAUGAAGUCAGAUUCUUACCAUCUGAUUUUUGUGACGAAUUUUACAUUUGUAUAAAUGGUGAGCCAAUUCCUCUUCAAUGUGCACCUGGUCUGCAUUGGAAUAUUGAACAAAAUUCCUGCGAUGAUCCAUCAAGAGCGGGAUGCGAUGCUGGUCCACCACCUGAUCAACUUCCCAACUGCCCACCUGGAGUAACUCGACAACUUCCCCACCCAACUAAUUGUAAUUGGUUUAUCCAUUGUAAUAAUGGCAAUCGAAGUAUCCAACAAUGUCAACAUUUACAUCAUUUCGAUGUCGAUCUAGAACGUUGUUUAUUCAAAACAAUCGCUCGAUGUGCUUCAGAUAUGAGAUUUCGAAAUUAAUCAGUUGGUGAUGACAAAUUAUAUUUCAUUAAAGUAUAUUACAAAAACUUCAUAAAAUAUUUAAAAAAAUUCUUCCAAACUAGUUAACAUUAUCCGCAAUAAAAUUAAUCUAUUUUAUUGACACUUUAAAUUAAUAAUUACGAGUAAUUAUGUUUUCCAUGAUGUGCUGUAAUUAAAAGAUUAAAACAAAUAAAUAUUGCAACUUUUUCUGAUGCCAUA